UCAGUAUGAAGCGAUGAUAUUAUUCCUGUGCAGACUUGUAACCGCUGACAGCUCCGGAUUAAUGAGUGAGGAAGGUCAAGACAGGGAGCUGCUUCAGCAGCCAUGGGUGCCGGUCUUCCUUGGAGGGAUGCGGCUCCUGGCAAAGUCUUCCUUUGGAGAUGCUGAGUACUGGCUACUGCUGAGCGACAUGCAGAACAUGUGGGAGGAGAAGGUGGACACAUCAGUCAUUCAGGACAGAGCCCAGGAGCUGAACAAGCGCCUUCGUGCACCUGUCGACGCCUUCUUCUCACAUUUGUGCACAGUGGCACGUCCACUGCUGGCAGGAGAAGUCAGCUCAGAGUUGGAGGACAACAGAGAGCCACCGGUGAUCUCCGUACACUCGAGGCCUGAGCGGCUCACGUUGCAACUGAAGAGUGAGCUGGCAGGGGUGCCCUUCUACUGGGAGUUCCGUUGCGUGCAGUCUUCUGUACCAGUGGUGUGCAGUCAGCUAGUGCGUCCCCUACUGGCUGUGAGUCGGGUACUACAAAAGCAGGUCAUGGAGCUGGCGGCUCAGCUCUCCAGGAAGGAUGUGGAAAUUCAGGACUACAGAGAAAGUGGAGCGGUACUGAGCAGAGAGCGGCUGCAAACUGAAGAGUUUGACUUGCAUCGCUACCGGGAAACCUUUGUGACUCAGGUGCUGCCAAAGGUGUGUGCGGUACAGGACUGCUUUGGGUUUGAUGCCACUCUCCAGGAUCUGUACGCUGCAGUCACAGCACAGGAGACCAAGCAUCAGCAGAAGGGUCUGGUCAUCAGGCCUGGAGAAAGCUUUGUCCCUGAUAACCGUGUUUGUGACAGUCACCACCCAGAAGACCACACACCUGGGAAAAAACGCCCAGGCAGUCCUGUUAAACAAGAAGAGCCACCGGAUAGCACUCAAGAGGACAGUGGGAAGAGCAGUGGGCAAGAGGAGGACCUCAGGCCUUCCAGCCUGCAGGAACCCCAAAGUGAACAGACUGUGCCCUUGAGCCAGGCCACAGUGAACCGUGGCCCCUCACGACCCAAGAAGAAGAAAGCAGUGGGACUCUUCCGCUGAUGCUGAGCUGCCUGCCUUUUUCCAACCCUGCAGUGCAGACUGCAUUUAACUUUUUUUUUUAAAUCAAAACACUUAGUUUUCAUUUUUACAAUACUUUUAUUAAAGCUGUAUUUAUUAAAAUCUUAAACACAUAAUCUUAACGCUCACUUGUACAGUUACCUUUUUAAAGUUAACAUUCUGCUUUUUAUAUAGAAUUUCUUGAUGAAAGUUUGAGAACUUAUUUCAGAAUAAAAUGGAUG